AACAACACAUUAUUACGUCGCAAGAGUACCAAACUUUGGGACACUCCAUUGUUGGAAGUCAAACCCCAACGUAAGAGACGCUUAAACCAAUACAAUCAUUCCCAAUACCACCCCCACCAUAAUCAGCCAGUACAAGUUCCUCAGGCGGUACAGUGGAUUCGUGGGCAAUUGAUUGGCAAAGGUUCAUUUGGGCGUGUGUAUUUGGCUUUCAAUGUGAACACAGGAGAUGUCAUUGCAGUCAAGCAAGUCCAGCCGCAUCAACAAAAUCACCAUCAAAACCAUCAAAACCAUCAGCAUGAUAUGGUAAAAGCACUUUAUCAAGAAAUUGCCAUGCUAAAAGAUCUAGACCACGACAAUAUCGUACAAUAUCUUGGAUACGGACAAGACGAAGCCGAAGGAGUUGUCCACAUCUUUUUGGAGUAUGUCUCUGGAGGAAGUAUUGCUAGUAGAUUACAGCUGCGCGGAGGGUUCGAUGAACGCUUGGUUCGGUACUUUACGUAUCAAAUCUUGUUAGGUCUUUCAUAUCUUCACUCCAAAAGUAUUCUACACAGAGAUAUCAAGGCUGCCAAUAUAUUGGUAGAAGCUGAUGGAGUGUGCAAAAUAUCUGAUUUUGGCCUUUCGAAAAAGAAUGAUUACAGCCAAGUCUAUGAUGCUAACUCUCGUAUGUCGUUGCGUGGAUCAAUAUACUGGAUGGCACCAGAAGUAGUCAAAAAUGAACCCUAUAGUGCCAAGGUGGAUAUCUGGAGUUUGGGAUGCACUGUGAUAGAAAUGCUCACUGGUCAACGCCCUUGGAUUGCUUUUAACCAAAUUGCAACCCUUUAUAAUCUUGGAUGUCUCAAAUCUCCAAAAAUUCCCAAGCAAAUAUCUAAAGAAGCUAAAGAUUUCCUUGAAUUGUGCUUACAAAUCGACCCAGACAAACGACCCACAGCACAAGAAUUGCUAUCUCAUUCUUUUUGUUACCAAGAUCCAGACUUCAAUUUUCAGGUAACU